AAGUCUUUAGACAGUUCAAGUCAAGUCCAUUUACUCAUGAGAGGAAUAUAAACCACAUUCAAAGAGAAAAACUCUACUGUUGUGACAAAGGAAUGUUUAACAGAUUACUGAUGUCAUGACUUCCCGAAAGAGAGAGAAUAACACAAGAAUGGUCAAGAGUCUAAAUCAGAAAGAAUCUCAUGAACCCAGCUGUGUUUCCAUGAAGAGUGACCAGUCAAUAGAUGAUACAAUCAACUUCAGUUCAGGAGAUUUUUCUGCUGAUCUGAGGAAACUCAGGAUGGAGGAAGAGGAUGAAGGCCAGAGAAAAGUCCAACAUGGGUUUCCGUACAUUACAUUGCUUGUUCAGAGAAAGGCAAAUCAAACAGACCUCACUACUAUGCUACAGAAAAAACUUGAUAAUAUGUCUCCGCAAAAACACAAAUCCAGACUGGGAGAGAAAUUCCAGUGGCUAAAUGAGGGAAUAUCAUAUCAAGGGAACUUAACACUUUUGAAUGAGAUUUAUACUGAGCUCUUCAUCACGCAGGGAGACAGUGGAGAGAUCAAUAAUGAACAUGAGGUGAGACAGAUUGAGAUGUGCCGAAGGCUAGAGAAGCAGGAAAUACCAAUUAAAUGCAAUGACAUCUUUAAACCCUCACCUGGACAAUACAAACCCAUCAGAAGUGUGCUGACAAAAGGAGUUGCUGGCAUUGGAAAAACAGUGUCUGUACAGAAGUUCAUUCUGGACUGGGCUAAGGGAAAAGCAAACCAGGACAUCCAUCUCAUACUUGCACUUCCUUUCAGGGAGCUGAAUUUUAUGAAGGAGGAAAAUGUCAGUCUAAUGGAGCUUCUCCAUCGAUUUUUCUCAGAUAUAAAGGAACUGAGAUCAUCAGACCUUGAUGAUUAUAAAGUUAUUUUUAUCUUUGACGGGCUUGAUGAGUGUCGACUUCCUUUAAAUUUCCAAUCUAAUCAGACAUUGUCUGAUGUGUCACAAUCAGCUUUAGUGGAUGUGCUGCUGACCAACCUCAUCAAAGGAAAGCUGCUUCCUUCUGCUCUCAUAUGGAUAACCUCUCGACCAGCAGCAGCCAGUCAGAUUCCUCCUGAGUGUGUCGAUCGGGUCACAGUGGUUCAAGGAUUCAAUGAUGCUCAGAAAGAAAUAUAUUUCAGGAAGAAAAUCAAUGACCAGAGUCUAGCCAACAGAAUUAUCACACAUAUCAAAUCAUCAAGAAGCUUGUACAUCAUGUGUCACAUACCAGUCUUUUGCUGGAUUUCAGCCACUGUUCUAGAGAGAAUGUUGCAUGAAGCAGAUUUUGCAGAGAUCCCCAAAACUCUCACUCAAAUGUUCACACACUUCCUGAUCUUUCAGACCAAAAUGAAGACCCAGAAGUAUGAUGAGAGAAGUGACAUUGAUCUUCAACAGGCCAGAAAAACUAUUUUUUCACUGGGCAAAUUGGCUUUUGAACAACUGGAAACAGGCAACCUCAUUUUCUAUGAGGAGGACCUGAGACAAUGUGGCAUUGAUGUCAAAGAAGUGUCAGUGUACUCAGGAGUUUUUACCCAGAUCUUCAGAGAGGACAUUGGGCUGUGUCUGGGGAAAUUGUACAGCUUUGUGCAUCUGAGCAUUCAGGAGUUUUUUGCUGCUUUAUUCAGGUUUCUGUCCUUUGUUUCAGAAAAGAAAUAUAAGUCAGAAAUAACUGAUUUUCAAAAAAAGGAAGUGGACAAGGCUUUGCAGAGUGAGAAUGGACACAUGGAUCUUUAUCUUCGGUUUCUUCUGGGUCUCUCACUGGAGUCCAAUCAGAGUCUUUUGCCAAGUCUGUUGACACAGACAAGAAACACGACUCAUAGCAGUUUGGAAAUAAUUGAGUACAUCAAGGAGAAAAUCAGGGAGAAUCCCUCUCCAGAAAAAUCCAUCAAUCUGUUUCACUGUCUGAAUGAACUUAAUGAUAAUUUUCUACAGCAAGAAGUCCAAACAUACCUGAAAGGAACUCGUGUUAAUCGUCUCGCUGAUGCUAAGCUCUCUCCUGAUCAGUGGUCAGCUUUGGUGUUUGUGUUACUGAACUCAGAAGAGGAGCUUACUGACUUUGAACUAAGUAAAUAUCAUCAAUCAGAAGAAGGUCUUCUGAGGCUGCUGCCAGUGGUCAAAGUAUGCAGAAAAGCAAAUCUGAGUGGCUGUUUUCUUACAUGGAGAAGCUGUUCAGCUCUGGCCAAAGCUCUUAGAAAUUUGAGAGUGCUGAAUCUGAGUCAUAAUAACCUACAAAAUACAGGAAUCAAGCUGCUCUCUGCAGAGCUAAAACACUCCCACUGUAAAAUCAAGACAUUAAAGCUAUACAACUGCAGCAUUGGAGAGGAGGGUUUUGAUGCUCUUGUUUCAGCUCUGAGACUAAACCCCUCACACAUGAGAGAACUGGAUGUGAGCUGGAAUAAACCAGGAGUCUCCGGAGUUAUGUUGCUCUCUGAUCUACUAAAGGAUCCACACUGUAACCUGGAGAAAUUACAGCUACAAAGCUGUGGUAUUGGAGAGGAAGGUUUUGCUGUUCUGGCUUCAGCUCUGAGAUCAAACCCCUCACACCUGAGAGAACUGAACCUGAGCUCUAAUAAACCAGGAGAUUCAGGAGUGAAGCUACUGUCUCAUGUACUGGAGGAUCCACACUGUAAACUAGAGAAACUACUGCUGUCAGAUUGCAGUAUUGGAGAGGAAGGUUGUGCUGUUCUGGCUUCAGCUCUGAGAUCAAACUCCUCACACCUGAGAGAACUAAAUUUGAGCUCUAAUAAACCAGGAGAUUCAAGAGUGAAGCUCUCUGACCUACUAGAGGAUCCACAGUGUAAUCUAGAGAAACUUCAGAGAUCACCUCUCCCAAUCCUGGCAAAUAAAAGCCCCAGAGUGCCAGAGAUCAUCAGGCUGCUGGACUGGCAGAACCAAGGUGACCACUUUGUCAUGAUCCUUGAAUGUCCCUCUCCCUGUGAGAAUCUGUUGACUUCAUGAGGUGUCACAGUGACAGCACUCAACAAAGAGAAAGCAUGGCAAGUCAUGUAGCAAGUGGCUCAUGCUGCACACAUGUGCUGCCUCCUUGAAGUGCUUCACCAUAUCGUCAAAAUGGAGAAACUUUUAAUUAACAGGGAGACAUCUGAAGUCAAGUUCAUUGACUUCACAUACAAGGAUAUUCUGAGGAGGUCACCUUACAAGUCAAAAUGUGGUAUGUAUUGUAUAAUUUAUUGUUUCUGUUCUAAUCAGUCCAGAACCAUCAUGUUGUGUCAGUGCAAACUAACACAUCAGACAAAAUCUCUUUCCUCCAGGCACAGCAGCAUACUCCUCCAGAGUACCAUGCCAGAGGGAAGUACUAGCAAAUCUUCUGUAGUUUGUUGCUCAUUGGCUUGAGGGAGCAGUAUUUGCAUCUGGUCUAACUGCUUCCCAAGAGAUUUGUAUAUAUUGUAUAUUUAUACAUGCUUCUUUUGGUUUCACAUACUGAUGACAACAUUGUCAAAACGAUCUCUUUUCAGACAGAUACACAAAAACAACUAAAACGCUGUUUUAUUCAUGAUAGCGCCAGUAGUUGGCGAUGUUACUUUGUGAAGAAACACUAUGUGCCUGCGCAAAUAUGUAUAGACUUAACAAGUAAUCCAGAUGAGCAUGGUCACCGUUUUGACCAACAUUCACUUUUUUUUUUUUUUUUUGUAGUUGCACAGAGAUGAUACCAGUAUCGUUUGCAAAAACUUUGAAACCUGGCCUCUGUCGUGUAAAUGAACAGCCAAAUGCAUAAAUUGUUUUCCAUUUUUAUCAUGUAAACAUACCCUGAGGGCCCUCUUCUAUCAGUGUCCUUCAAGUGUGCUAAAAUACCAUUUGUAAUUCACCCAAAAUAUGUACUAGAUGGUGCUUAUAUUCCAUAUUCUCCCCAUAAACUACAGUUUUACACUACAUAUGUUAACAUAAGUGUUACAAAUGUGUAUUGCUUGCAUAAAACAGGAGUAUUCAAUUCCUAAUUGUUUGCCAGAUGUUU